CCGACGAGCUAACGUGGACGAUAGUAGCCAGUUAUAACGUUCUGAUUUUUGGAUUAUUGGACUCUUGGUUGCACUGAUUUGCCGAACUCGCCGUGCAGUGGCUGGGCUGUUUACCGCGAUGACGCGGCGGUUUGUUUAUUGAGCACCGGCCUAGCUGUUGUGUACGACGAACUACAACUGCCUUUUCUCGUUUGUUGUUGAGUGUUGACUAGUGAUCGGUGGCCAUUAAACACGUGUUAUUUUUUCAUAACUUUUCUCUGUCGGUGUUUUGUCCUGUUGUAUCGUAUCCAUAUCUGACGCUGUUAAGCUGUUUUUUAAUUGUACUUUCAAUUAUUAGUAUUCGUAACUUCUUACGAGUUGCCAUAUUUUUUCACCGCUCACGAAGUGAAGUUUUGGUUAUCAUACUAACUCGUGAAUUAAUUUUAAAAAGAUUAAGUAAAAUAAGUAAAAUGUCUGUGUCUUACUUUUGGAACGAUUCCUUGCCAAGAUGCGGUUUGUGUGCAAAUAGAUUUGGAAUGCAUCCAUUAAGGUUUUAUAAGUUUUUUGAUGAUUCUAUAAAUGGUGUCAAAAUAAACGAAGUCUUGUCUAACAUGUUUCCUUAUGGCAAAUAUUCGCGAGCUGAUAUGAAGUCCGAAUUGAUUUGCCAACGCUGUUAUACACAAGCUGUAGAAAUGUCACGACGUGAUACGAAAUGGGUCGAUUGCUUCAAAGAGAUGGAUGAGAUAAAGAAUCAAUUUUCUCAUUUAAGAGGAAGAGAUGAUUUUGAUUAUUUUCUAAAUCCAACAACUAAUAAUCCGUCCACUUCAGCUGCACCUUCCACCAUUGUAAGCGGAAGUACAUAUAAUGAAAACAGCUUAGGUAAUCGCCCAUUAUCAACAGCGCCGGCUACCAUUGUUAGCGGAAGUACAUCUAAUGAAGACGACCCAGCACCGGCCACCAUUGUUAGCGGAAGUACAUCUAAUGAAAACAACUUAGCACCGGCCACCAUUGUUAGCGGAAGUACAUCUAAUGAAAACAACUUAGCACCGGCCACCAUUGUUAGCGGAAGUACAUCUAAUGAAAACAACUUAGGUAAUUGCCUAACUUUUCAGCACCCUUCUACAACUUUUACUGAGAAUCAAUAUCGCUCAAUUUUUUCAGCACCGGCCACCAUUGUUAGCGGAAGUACAUCUAAUGAAAACAACUUAGCACCGGCCACCAUUGUUAGCGGAAGUACAUCUAAUGAAGACGACCCAGAAUCUUCCAUAACUGUAAAUGAAAAUGAUAAUGAAGAUAUCUCUGAUAAUUUAUCUACUGCUUCAGAAUCCUCUAAUGCUUCAGAAUCAUCUUCCACCACCCUUAGUGAAAAUGAAUACCAAGAAGAAUCUACUAAUAUGAUGAACUGUACCUUCAAUACUUGUAUUAAUAUCAUGAGCAAUCGAGUUUAUUCCAAAUCAGGAGCCUUUUACUCAUGUAUUAUUCCAUCAUGUAAAUUAUUUUUCAAAACUUUUUAUAAAUUCAAAUUACACUACCGUCAACAUCGUAAUGUUAAUGGAAUGGUGUGCUGGACAUGCAUCAAAGUACUUCCUAAUAGGAGCAAAAUGCGCAAGCAUAAAAAUAAAGAUUCGUGCAAGUUUCCCGGCAUGUUUGUGUGUGUUUCCUGCAAGGAAUCAUUUAAUGACCUUCAAAGCAUAAGCCAUCACAAAUAUAUCAAACAUAUUAAAAAUUAACUGAAAAAAAAUGUAUUUGAAAAAAUAUCUUAAACUUAAAGUACAACUGUGAGCUGAUAACUUUUAACAUUUUAAUUAUUAUAUUAUGAGAAAGCUGUAUAAAUUAGACAUUUCUUUCAAUUAGUUCAAAUUAAUUUAAUUUUAUGUUUAAUUUAAAAAAUAAUUAAGUUGAAUUUAUAUCCAAACUGAUUUCUUUUUCUGAGAUUUUAGUUAGUUUUUUUUAAAAUAAUAAAUUAAGUAAGAGUGUAAGUUAUUUUUUUUUUUUAUAGAUAUAGAUAAUAUAAAUUUAAAAACUUGCAUGUUUAAAUGUAAACGAUUAGUUAUUUAACUCAAAUGGGGAGUUGGGUGUUGUAUAUCCCCCCAUUUGACCUUUUUUUUUUUUAAAAAUAAAUUUUUUUUAAAAAAAUA